GACGAUGAAUAUUCAGAAAGGGGAGCUCUGUCGGGGGCAGUCUAGGCGGGCGUGAGGUUGCUCGGACCGAGCUGGAAGACGUGCCCAGAAAGCACGCGUGCAGUGUGACGGUCACGGAGCCAGAGCUGCUCCCGGGGGCUGAGACUUGGACGUUAGAAUCGAGCGGAGGCCUCUGUGGUCUUUGAGGAUGUGGCUGUGAACUUCACCCCAGAAGAGUGGGCUUUGCUGAAUCGUGGUCAGAGGAAGCUCUACAGAGAUGUGAUGCUGGAGACCUGCAGGAACCUGUCUGCCGUGGGUAAGGAUGGCUCCAUACCUUCACUGGUCUUUUCAGAGAAGCAGAAAUUUCACAGCAGUGGAGAUUUGACCCGAAUGCAGGAAGGGCUUUUGAGAAGUCCUUUGGUGGAGAGUGUCUGUGAACGUAUUGAAGGAGAUCCAUGUGGAGAAACCCUGAACCCGAUUACAAGUCUUACUGUGCAUGAGGGCUGUCCCACUGGAGGCAAAUCCUGUGAAUGCGCUAAGUGUAGGGAAGCCCUCACAGAUGGUUUUUUUCUAGGGACUCUGGGAAGAUCUCACCCAGGACUCAAAUCUAGUCCCUGUGAGGAAUGUGGGCUGGCCUGUAGCUCCGUCUCAAGCCUCAGCACUCAGGUGGGUGCAGACCUUGUAGAGAAACCCUGUGAGGGUCAGGACACCGGGAGAGCAUCAGAGACAUACGCAAAGAGUCUGAGUAGUAAAAAAUCUCUAGAGUGCAAGAAAUGUGGAAAAGCUUUCACUUGCAUUUCUUCUUUUCAGGGUCAUGUGCAAAAUGACUGUGUACAGAGAGUCCAUGCAUGUGACGUGUGUGGGAAAGCCUUUAUGUGUCACUCUGAUCUUACACAUCACGUGAGAACUCAUACUGGGGAGAGAACCUAUCAAUGUCAGGAGUGUGGGAGAGCCUUCCAGUGUAAGUCAGGCCUGCAGAAACAUGUGAGGACUCACACUCCAGAGAAACUCUAUAAAUAUCAGCCCUGUAGGAAAUCCUUCCCUGGCCAGCAGUCCUUUCUAGUACCUAGGAGAAGACACACAGGGGACAGACACUUGGAAUGUAAGGAGUGUGGGAAAACUUUCAAGAAGCAUCUACAGUUUGAACGUCACAUGACCACACACAAUGUAAUGAAACCCUAUGAAUGUCGGGAGUGUGGCAAAACCUUCAAGCAUCACCCAGACCUGCGAGUACAUAUGAGGACACACACUGGGGAAAGACCCUAUGAAUGUAAGGAAUGUGGGAAAUCUUUCCGAAAGUAUGAACAUGUUAAACGUCACAUGACCACUCACAGUACUGUGAAACCCUAUGAAUGUCAGCAAUGUGGCAGAGCCUUCCGGGAUCACACAGACCUGCGAGUGCAUAUGAGGACACACACUGGGGAAAGACCGUAUGAAUGUCAACAAUGUGGGAAAGCCUUCAGAUAUCUUGGGAAUCUGCGAGAGCAUGUGACGAUACACACGGGGGAGAGACCCUAUGAAUGUCAGGAGUGUGGGAAAGCCUUCAGGUAUAACUCAUGCCUGCGAGAACAUGUGAGGAAACACACUGGGGAGAGACCCUAUCAAUGUCAGCACUGUGGAAAAGCCUUCAUUCGACACCACACCCUCAUGCUACAUACUGCGAGAAGACACUCAGUGGGUGGACACUUGGAAUGUAAGGAGUGUGGGGAAACUUUCAGGAAGCAUCAACCUUUUGAGCAUCACAUGACCACACACAAUGUAGUGAAACCCUAUGAAUGUCAGGAGUGUGGGAAAGCCUUCAGGUAUCACAGAGACCUACGAAUACAUGCGUGGACACACACUGGGGAAAAACCCUGUAAAUGUCAGCACUGUGGGAAAGCCUUCACAUCUCCUUCAAACCUGGGAGCACACAUGAGGACACAUGCUGAGGAGAGACCUUUUGAGUGUAUGGAGUGUGGGAAAGCUUUCCGUCAGCUGCAAAAUUUUGAAAGUCAUUUGAAAACACACAGCACCAUUAAAUCCUAUGAAUGUAAGAAGUGUGGGAAGGUGUACAAGUUCUCCUCCUCUCUUCGAGCGCAUAUGAAGAAACACCCUGGGGAGAGACCUUGACAGAUCACCGCUUCCUUCAAGAACAUGUGAGGCUGCACAGUGGACAGUAAGCCUCUGUAUGCAAGGACUCUGCUAAGACCUUCCAGUGUCUCGUAGACCUGGGCAGAAGAACCUUAUGAAUGAUCGCUCUGUGGGAAAGCCUUCAGUUGUCCCUCUUCCCUCCGAGAACACACGCGCAAGUACAGUAAUGUGAAACAUUACACACGUAAGCACCAUGGAAAAGCCUGUCCAGGAAUCUGUGAGCAAAGCCACACUGUAGGAAAGCAUUGAUUUUUCCUUCAAAUAUUUUUUUUUUA